CAUCUGUCAAUGGUUAAGAAUAAAGAAGCAAGGCUUUUACGUGCAGGUGUCAGAAAAUUAACAUCUAACAAUGAACAAUAUUUCUUUGUUGUCAGUGCUUCAUCUACCAUGAUCAUCUAUGUAGUCAAGGAACUUAGAUGUUGUAAAGAUGGAGGGUGUUGAUGAGGAAAGAAGUUUACUGAGUUUAGUGAAAGAGAGUGUCUCUACCUAUCAUGAUAAAGUCGCUGUUACCUACGAUGAUGGGAAAAUAAAGUCAAGUUUAACUUAUGGUGAAGUAUGGAGUAGAGUGGAACAGAUAUCAAGUAUAAUAAGAAGUCAUGUGACCAGUCAGAGAGUGAUAGGAGUUUGUAUUGAACCAACGAUAAACCUUCCCUCAAUUUUACUCAGUGUAUUACAAACAUCUUGUAGUUUUUAUCCGUUCGUGUACGAUGGCAGGAAUUCUGUUGCUCAUGUUUUAAACCAAUUACAAGUUAAUUUUUUACUUGUUCAGUCAGAACAACUACAGAAACUAGAUGACUUGAUGACAGAAAAUAAAGCAGAGAUAAUUCCUUCAGCAGAACUAUAUCAGUACAACCUUGUACUUAUUGCCUUAUAUAGGCAUCAUGUGACCAGUAUUGUAGACCAAUCAGAUUUAGCAUAUUGUAUAACUACAUCAGGGACAACCAGUCUACCUAAAAUAGUUUGUGUACCACAUCGAUGCAUUCUACCCAAUAUCCUUGCACUCAGGUAUAAAUUUGAGAUAUCAGAAAAAGAUACAGUGUUGCUGACUUCUCCCUUGACCUUUGACCCCUCUAUAGUUGACCUGUUCAUGACCUUGACCUCGGGAGCAUGUUUGUUGAUUGUACCAGAUAAAAUUAAAAGAAUGCCGUCCAUGUUGCUGGAUAUAUUGUGUUGUAGAAAUCAUAUCACAGUCCUCCAGGCCACACCAUCUUUACUAUACCAAUUCAACCCAACAGUCUUACGAUCUGGACUACUAGGAAGGGAGACAACUCUACGUAUUCUAGCAUUAGGUGGUGAAGAGUUCCCUCCCCUAUCUAUGAUAAACCAAUGGUUAGGAGAAGAUUGUAAGGUGAAGUUAUAUAAUUUAUAUGGUAUCACUGAAGUUUCCUGCUGGUCUAACUGUUAUCAUAUAACACAGCAACAGAUCAGAGAUAACAUUGAUUCUGUUCCCAUUGGAGAGCCAUUACCUGGAACAAAGGUCAAGGUUACUGAUAACUAUGGUAACAUACUCUCACAAGGGGAAGGUUAUUUACAUAUAGGAAGUAAAGAACGUGUUUGUUAUGUUGAUGAUGAAAUAAAACAUGAUGGAGGAAAAGAUGACAGAGUUGUGUGGAGAGAUACGGGAGAUAUUGUAGAAUUACUACCAGACGGACAAAUAAUAUACAAACAUCGAACAGAUACACAGAUAAAACGACACGGAAAACGUCUCAAUCUACUCACAACACAAAAGGCAGCUGUUGAAGUGAGUGACGUCAAACAGAGCUGUGUUAUUUAUUAUAAUGAUAGAAUCUAUUUAUAUAUAACAUCUACUAGUGAUGACAUGAUGUCAGUAGAGACGACAGUGACACGUCAUCUAUUGUCACAUCUGCCAUCACAUCAUCAACCUGAUACAAUAACAUGUUUACAAUCACUGCCCAUCACUAAACAUGGUUAG